AAGAGGAAUAUCUUCCAUGACAGAGAGGCUGUGUUCGAUGGAUUUCUGGAGCCCAUUCCCCCUACAACUGCUGUGGUGGUGGAUGAAAAUGGCCAGCCUCAGUUUUGUGAACAAAUAUGUCAACUGCCUGUUCCUACUCCAAGGUCAAUCUGUGAAUGCUCUGAUGACGUCACAGUGACUCCUUGGAAGCAUAUUUCUGUGGUCACCAUCAACGGACGAUACAAUGUCUGCUUGCCUCGGAAAUCCUGUCCAUCCUGCUCUGCAGAAUGGACUCCUGAGGUUAAAGACCUGCUUUUGUAUCGGUACUGGCCAGCUAGCACCAGCUGCCAGACGCUUUAGAAAUAUGAUGUGUUCACCUUAUUCGAGCACAUGAUGGUGACAGCACCAGCCAUGUCCAGGCAGGCAUUUCUGAAAAUGUUGGAGCACAGAUCUGUUCAAGCUGGACGGGUAUUAUCUGUGCUGAUACAUUUCAGCGAAGCUUCUUCGAGUUUUGCUUCUGUCAGUACAAACAAGAGGAUAUGUGCCAGGUCCAUCACUUUGUUUGUCCAGCAUGUUCUCCAGACAUGUAGCCUGGCUGUCUGCUGUGAUGGAAACGGCAAGCAUUACCGCUUUUCCAAGUCAAAAGGGACUGAGGAGCCGCCAAUCUAUGAGGGCUUGUUCCUGGCCAUGGAUGAGGAAGUCGCAACAUUUGUUGACCUUGUCAGAGGCAACAUGAAAAGUGGAAAUGACAGUGCCGUCUGUGGUACUGCCAAAUUCACCGCUGGCAGAGAGAUGUCAAAAAAGUCUGGUGCCCAGAUAGACGAGGAGGGCAUUCAAGUGGCAGUUUGCAGACAUGGGUUUCUCUUACGAGGACUGAACCACUUCCGUGGAGAAAUAUACGCGUACCCAAUGUUUCUCCAAAAAGAGAUGUCCAUGAAGGCAAAUGUUGACUUCUUCUGUAUGGAUGUAACAUGCAGGUACUGGCCAUACCUUAAUAAAAUAGCCGAGGGAUUACCAGAGCUUCUGCCGUUGACAGAAAUGAGGCCAUUUCUUAGCGUGAUGCAUGCUAAAGCCCAUACAGCAAAAUGCGAGGUGAGAUGGGGUGGCAGAAGUCAGGACGGGGCAGGAAACACAGUGGGAGAGGAAGUAGAGCAGGUGAACAGCUUUCUCUCCAGGGCAGCGCUGGUCACAAAAUACAUGACAAAAUCAGGAAGAGUGAACAUGCUUACUCAACAGGCCAUGGGAUGGAACAGAAGGAAGAGGGACAACCUUCAUCAAGUUUUAGCACACAGAUAUGUCAAAAUCACAGAGAGGGCAAAGGUGGAAGCUGCCAGCUUCAGCGACUUCAAAAAGGAGCACAACCUUGAUCAGGAGACCAUACAGCAGUGGGUGUAUGAUGUCAGGCAAUGGGCGGUCACAGAGAGAGUUUACGCCCCAGGGUGUACUGAAGGACUAAGGGUGGAUAUUGAGAACAUCACCGUCACUCUUUUGCGCAGGAAGCAAGAUCUGUAUCGUCAGCAUGACAGCAACCAGGCAAGGCAAAGAAAGAGGAAGAGAAUGAGAGAGCUGAAAAAGAAGCUUCGCGAAAAAGUUGUGCAAUACAACACCGGAGUGCAGGAAGAACAGAUUGACGAGGAGUUGGCUUGCAGUCUGACAGAGGGCUACACCCUACCAUGGGAGAGGCAUGCAAAUGGCAACACCUUCAGGUUGAAGAGGUCUGUCUUUGAGCAGGUAAUGCUGGUCAGACGUUUGGAGGAGGAGCAGAGCAUCCUGGUGAAAGAGAUGUCGCAGCACAUCAUGUUCCUUCUGAAGGAAGUGCAAGAAGUGGAAGCACUGAGAGGACAGACUUUGGAGGGCAUCAAAACCAGCAAUUUCGGUGACCUGACAGAGGAUGCUGCACAUGGGCUCAAGAGUGUCCUCAGUCGGAGGUGGCACUGCCUCAAAAGCCAACACAAACAGGCUGUACAUGCGUACAGCGGUGUAGCCGCUUUGGAAUGCCAUGAUCUUCAAUUACAGCAGGACAUUGAGGAGUCGGAUGACAAUGACUACACUAGCCCUGAGUCUGAGGAAGAAGACCUUGUAAAGGUUUCUGCCAAGCAACACAGAGGCACUGGAGAGCUCUUUCACAAGGGAAGUGUCACGUCCACACGCUGGCGCACGCCAUAA